AUGGCGAAGGCAAACCCUCCCAAAGAAAGGUAUACCUUGGCAGAGCUUUUGGAUAUUCUUGAUACAAAUAAUCCAUCUGGAAAUUUUUGUAAUGUAACAGUUGUGCCAGAGUCUGAGAAGAAAGCUCAUGACACAGAUUGUGAUAGCGAUGGAUCUGAUGAUGACGUGGCAUGCGAUUACAAGCGCCUACCAUCAAGGUUGCUGAAAGGAGAGGGCUUAAUCUCUGAUGAUGUUUUUCAGCUACCCCUCCUUGACAUGGGAGAUGUACUUGAAUGCCCUGCGGCCUUAGUUAAUGCAUCUACAGAGCCAAACACCAUCAAUGCUGUUGAGGAAAAGGAAAAUAGUCCAACAACCCCUGGACCCAUGCUUAAGAAAAUAAAAAACAAAGAGCGGAAGUUCAAGAAAUUUAAGGCAGAUACCAAAAAAACAAUACAGGCUAAGCGUCAUCAACUCCCUCCCUAUCAACCCAAGCUAACCAAUCCCAUCACCACAUCAAAUGAUCCAGCAGACAUCUUUCUCACAUUCUAUCCCAAAUCACUACGGGAUAUCACCCUGGAAAUGUUGAAUACUUAUGCAGCACAGAAAGGUGCCACCCUCAAUCUCACUGAUGAAGAGCUCCUAACAUUCUACGGCAUUCUUUUGACCACUGGGUACAACUCAGUCCCAAGACAACGUCUUCUUUGGUCAGGCGACAAUGAUGUCAACAACACAAGCAUUAAAGAUGCCAUGCGGAGGAACAGAUUUGAUGAGAUAAUGGCUUCCAUUCAUGUUGUGGACAACAUGAAAAUCACAGAUGACUCUUUCUUCAAGGAGCGUCCCGUGUUUGAGGAGCUGAAUAAAGUCACCAAAACCAUGACUAUUCAGGAAUAUCUGGCAGUGGAUGAGAUGAUGAUUGAGUACUUUGGAAAGAUGGAGCCAUACGCAGGUAGCCACACUCGUCUCGUUGAAACUGGACUGGGUCAGGGUCCAAGUGUGGUUCUUGGCUUGGCAGAGAAAGCUGGAGUGCCACCUGGAUGCAAGUUCUAUCAUGACAACCUAUUCACAACACUCACCCUGGUUGAUGAGAUGACCAAAAGGGGCUACGGCAGCUGUGGCACACUUCGGGAAAAUCGCCUCUUUGAUAUCCCACUGACACCAUCAAAGAUCUUCCGGAAGACCUCAAGAGGCAAUGUCGAAUUCCUUAUUGAAGAUGGAAAACUGAUUGUGAGAUGGAAUGACAACAGCGUGGUCACUGUUGUGACCAAUAUGGAGAAUAAGUACUCCGAUGUCGACACUCAACGAUGGAACAAACAAAAACAUGCAAUGGAUAAAGUGAAACAGCCUACUUGUAUAAAGAGCUACAACACACAUAUGGGAGGUGUUGACCUGCACGACGAUGUGUGA